UCGAAUUAUUUAAAAACUUUUCGUUUGAAAAGUCGUUGAAAAGCUGAGAAUUGUUAACGAUAUUUUUGUCAUUUUCACUAAAUACGAGCGGGAAAUUGCAUUUUUAAUAUAAAAUUGCAUUCGUUUUAAUAAAUAGCAUCUUUUUUAUCUAUGCAACAGUGAAUCUAAGAGCGUUACACGCGGUGAAGCCCGCCAGUUUUGUGUCGUCGCGUUUUGUGUAAAAAUAGUCAAAAUUCCUAAUUACAAAAUGGAAGAUUUUGUGAAAAUUGAAAAAAUAGGCGAAGGUACUUAUGGCGUGGUGUACAAGGGAAAGAAUAAAAUCACUGGACAGUUCGUAGCGAUGAAGAAAAUCAGGUUGGAAUCUGACGACGAAGGCAUUCCUUCCACGGCUAUUCGAGAGAUCUCGCUUUUGAAGGAGCUAAACCACCCCAACAUUGUGAAGCUUGAAGAUGUCCUUAUGGAGGAGAACCGGCUCUACCUCAUAUUCGAGUUUCUUUCAAUGGACCUCAAGAAAUACAUGGACUCACUGGGUUCUGGCAAGUUCAUGGACCCGGCUGUGGUGAAGAGCUACCUGUACCAGAUCAACAGCGCCAUCCUGUUCUGCCACCAGCGCCGCAUCCUGCACCGAGACCUAAAGCCGCAGAACCUGCUCAUUGACAAGACUGGUAUCAUUAAGGUGGCAGACUUCGGUCUGGGCCGCGCGUUUGGAGUUCCAGUGAGGGUGUACACACACGAAGUGGUCACUCUCUGGUACAGAGCGCCGGAAGUAUUGCUGGGCUGCCAGAGGUACUCGUGCCCAAUCGACAUGUGGUCGGUGGGCUGCAUCUUCUCGGAGAUGUCUUCCAAAAAGCCUCUAUUCCAGGGAGACUCGGAGAUCGACCAGCUCUUCCGCAUCUUCAGAAUGCUGCGCACCCCGACAGAGGACAUCUGGCCCGGCGUGUCCUCGCUGCCGGACUACAAGCCCACCUUCCCCAACUGGAACUCAUUUAACCUGCACAACCAUGUCCAGAACCUAGAUGAAGUCGGCAUGGACCUACUGCAGAAGAUGCUGACGUACGACCCGGUGAAGCGCAUAUCGGCUAAGGACGCGCGCCGCCACCGCUACUUCCGCGACGUGAAGCUCCCCGCCGGCCUCACGGUGCACGCCGCCUACAUCCGAUACAUGUCCGACUCGCCAGACUCCACCGACUCCAGCCCCUACAGCCGCGAGAUCUUGUAGUCUAACACGCUUUUAUAACCUUUAAAACAACCUAGCUAGAGUUUACUGUAGCAAAGGCCUCGAUUAUGAAGGUUUGGCGCGUUUCGCGUAAGACGUUUCGUUAACGCUCUAAUACAUCGCCUAUCCGGGCGCACACAAACUUAACCUACUUUGAAUUUGCCAGGUCUUAAACUAGCGCCGUCCUUCACCCACAAUAAGUGGAAGAAAGAGAUAGCUAGUCUUAAGUCUUGUCAAAUUAAGUGUAAAAUGAAGCUGGUGGUUGCCCAUAUCGGCACCAUUGUUUGAAUUCACCGUGAGCCCCUGAACGCACCGGGCAAUGCUCCGCAUCUCAAUAAACAUGAACCUGUAAUAGGCGUUUUUGUGGCUAGCAUUAAUAUAGGUCUGAUUGCGACAAACGUUUUAUGAACAAACAAUGACGUAUUCGUUACGUGUAAUAUUCAACGACACUGCCAAAUACUUACUAAAUUAAUAUAAGAAUCCGCUAAAGUCCUUUUAUCUAUGCCUUCAGUAUGGACUACUUACUUACUACUAGUCACUUUUACAUUGACUAAUUUAUGGUUUAAGUAACUAAUUUAAAACGAUCGUCGUAAUAAGACCUUCAAGACUGCCAUGCUAGCCACACUUUACAAUCCAAAACCAGUGAUAUCGAUUUUGUAACGUACGAUUCGGAAUCAAGUGUGGUGCUCAUACGAUUAUUAGAUUAAUAUAUCAAGAACGCUUAGUGCCUUCUCCUAAUUUGUAGUCAUUAUUAGACAAUAAUGUUCAAGCUAAGACUGAUGGCUACUCGUUAAGAUUGGGGCUAGCCGCUAAAUUGAAUGGUUCAAUAAUACAUGAAACUUGUGGCCUUUUAUGAUCGCGAUGUGUAUAUAAAUAAUAAUUAAUGUAGUUAAUGCUUCUAUUUUCUUAACGUCAACAAUACAAUAAAGUACUGGGUUCUGAAUUCAAAUUCUGAUACAGGAUAAAUCUAAUAAUUUAUGAACAUGUUAAUUUGCGUUCAUUUGUUGGAAAUGCGAUAAUUUCCGAGGGACAUUCAGAAAAUAAGUAGUACGGUUGUAAUGACGCUUUGCUGCCGCACAUUGGGCCUCACGCCUAAAUUUUGUAUUACGAUUUUCAAUAUGAUAGCUUUUCGCGAAUAUGCCUUAUAGUGAAAACCUCAUAAGACUUUUUGAAAAAUCACUUUCGGAUUUAAUUUGUGUUAACAAAACUUCGCAAUGGACACGCUAGUUUCGAUACAGGUAAAAUAAAAUAAGAAAUUUUAUUGAAGAAAAUCACUACAGAAUGUGAAUCUUCAAAAAACCCCUUACGUGGGUUUCACUAAAAAGCGACAAUAUACGAUUUGAGAAAAAAUACCAAACGAAAUAUGUUAACACUAACAGGUAUUUAGAUGUCUUUUGCUUGUAUAAUCCCUGAUCUAAUGAAAUUAGUCGAUCUAAAUCUGAAAUGAAUUCUACAAAUAGUAAUAUCUGUAGGGCUAUCAUACGCAGCGUCAUAAAAUUUUGUCACGGUCACUUUAUCGAUUCUGUCGAUAUAAUUAUGUCGUUUUGUCGGUUGGUGCUAAUAUGGUGAACCCGAAUAAGUCAUGUCGUUCUGUCAAAAUACGAACAAAGUCACGUGAAAACUUAUCGAUUUUGACAAAAUGUAUUGAAUCGAUCGAUGAUUUUAUCACGUUGCGCAUGCGUUGUUAGCCCUGCUGUUGUGUGGCCCAUUAUGCUCGUAUUAUUUAUCUCGUGACGCGCUUGAUGUAAUUUUAAUUGUAGAUUUUAUAAGAGUAUUUAUAGGACGGUUUGAAUAAUUCUGAAUUUUCUACUUGAUGCCUCGGCUAGCGUCCGGUACGCCGGCUUCAGUUGGUAUUUGUGUAGUUUAGGUUAUGAGGCAACAUUUUUAGCCUUGGGAAUUUAUAGUUAUCGCGAUAUGAUCCGACUUGCGUUAUUUAAAUAAAAUAUGUCGAUUUCUCACCUCCGUUUCAGGUCAUACCGGGAUGAUAACCAGUAUGAGUGUUUUGUAAUUUUGGACCAAUUUGGGGUUAAAAGGCCACAUUGAAUUAGUCUAAAACAUUACAGUUAUUUAUAUGUGCAAAUGUGCAAUGCUUGCUAUAUUGCUUUUUGGAUGAUUCAAUGUCGCCUCUUUAGACCAAAAUUAGAUAAAGAUGUUAUCUUGACAACAUAAACCUCUGCGUGCAGUGGUCAGGUUAUUCUCAUUUAUUUAUUGUAAAUAGAACAUUUAAUUAUCCAAGUGCCAAAACAUUGUAUUGUGAUUGAAGAUUGAUAUCCAGUAUUUGUCCUGUUACUUAUAUUCGCAUCGUCAACUGACCAUUGCAUUUUAAUUUAAUUUAGUCUUAAAAUGAAUUGAUGAAUUGCAUUUAACUAAUAGGAUUGAUUGAAUGAAAAUUCCAUUUAGGUAUUCGUAAUUUUGUAAAAUAUAUGAUGAGUAUUUUAGUA